AUGUUCUUAUUGACUAUUGUCAUUGUUAAUGCUUGCUUCCCGCGCUGCGAGUCGAGUUGUGGCACCUCAUCUGGUUGCGUAUUAUGCAACAUAAGCUGCAGAACAAGGCAUAUGGGAGACUCUGUGGGACGACAAGCACUGCCAAACGAGGACAACAAGAACACCGCCAUUCAGGUUAAUACAGUCCCCCUGUGCGCCACCAUCAUUUCCACGUUGCCUAUGAGCGUCGUCUCCAAGGCGUAUUAA